AAUACAUAUGCCUUUUUUAUUUUGACUCAAGUUAUUGUAUGUAUGUACGGUUAGCUAUCCCCUAUCUUUACUUGCAUUUCAUUUACGACACUUUGUCUUUUAAUUUGAAAGGGACGUAUUUACGACUACCGGAAAUAAAGUGGGAGGGAGAUACGAACUCAAGAAAUUGGAAUGACUUUGUAAACACCGGCUACUCGUCCAGAUUAAACCUCGGAUUUUCGUUACAUUUUUGAAUGAAUUUGAUUCACGAUUUAAUUCAUACCGAGAAAGCAGCGCGAACAGCAACUCUGAGCAGCGGUUGGUGCAAAUAACAAGGUCAACGGGACAUUUGAACGUCUGAAGUAGUUGUGUGUCAAGUUUGCCUGUAUGAAAAAUCAUAAUUUUAGUUAAACUAUGAGCAUGGACCUUGGAUGUAACUCAUACCAUCAACAGAAGUGCAGGAAAGGGAAGAGCCUUCAUUUGCUGACCCGUAGAUUUGUCGAGUUGAUUCAAGAAUCCGAGGAAGGAGUGCUCGACCUUAACCAGGCCGCCAGUACCCUGGCUGUGGAUCAGAAACGAAGAAUCUACGACAUCACCAACGUGUUGGACGGCGCCGGUUUGAUUGUAAAAGUAUCCAAAAGUCAUGUGAAGUGGAUUGGUGACGUGUCGGAAGCUAAGGUGUCAGGCACCAGAGUGGAACAGUUGAAGUCUGAGCUGGAGAACUUGGAGCAGAUGGAGCUCAUGUUGGACCAGCAGAUACUGUGGGUGGAGCAGAGCAUCCAGGAGACGAAGGACAACUGCAACAAUCUGACCUAUUUGAACCAUGAAGAUAUCUGCAACUGCUAUAAUGGUCACACACACCUGGUGGUCCGCGCGCCGUCUGGUACAUCUGUAGAUGUUCCAAUUCCCAAAGCUAGCAUGGACAGCCCUGUGAUGUAUCAGAUUUACAUCAGAAGCUCCUGGGGACCAAUAGAUGUUCAGCUGCUCAACAGACCCCCCGACCGCUCUGCCCCCGUUGUCCUGCAUUUCCCGCCUCCUGAAGAAAUGCUACAUGAAGCCAAGUUAGCCUCAGAAGGUGGCGCCACAACUAGUCAAACUCUUGCUGAUAAUGGACACUGUAGUCAGUCAGGACAGAGUGAAGCAGCUGUAACUAAUGCGCCGUCCAACAGAAUGGACUCAACACUAUUACAAAGUUUAUCAAAGGAACUGAGGAACCGACUGGAGCCUUCUGAAGACAUAAACAGAGCAGACAUACUCACCAAGAUCGUCUCCUCUAGAGGCUUCUCCUCCCUCCUCCAUGUUCCUGUGGCUCAGUCUGGAGGUGACUGUGGUCAGACCCUGGAGGACGGUGAAGUCUCCCGUGACGUCAUUGACUGACCGCUCGCCCUGGUGUUGGACUUUGAACGACCAUUUUAAAGCUGUUUAUUUUUAAUAAAGACAGACAAGUGGA